CGCUGCUUCCUCGUUUUUCUUCUUCUUUUCUUCUCUUUCCUCUCGUCGCUGUUUCUUUUAUACUUCCUUGAUUAUCACCAUCAUCUCUCUUCUUCUUUACUCAACUCCCUCCUCCUGAUAAUCUACUUCAUCUCACCAUGCCCUUCGCAUCAAACAACCCCUUCCGGCCUCGCGCGACCGAGAUGAUGCCCUCCCGCUCAGCGCCCUCCCCCUUCGCCUCCAAAAAUCCCUUCCUCGACGGCAGCUCCUCCAGCAUCAACUCCUCGCCCAUCUCUUCCGACUUCUUCGGCGCUGCUCCCGCUCCCCUCGUCUCCCCCGUCAACACCGGCUCCGGGGGCUUAUCCACCCGCCGGGCCUCUGAAGAUCUGCCUUCCCUCCUCGUCGAGUUUGGCGACAACUCAAACAACAUCAACAACAACCGCGCCGUCUUUGCCUCCUCCACCGGCUCUUCCUCCGGCAUCGGCCACAUGGUCAAGAGCAGACCGGCCCCGCCGCCUCCGCCGCCUCCUCCGCCGCGCUCCACCGCGAGACGGGUAUCCGAAUCCGACUCGGAUCCGUUCGCUGACCGCUCGUCCUCUCGCUCGCACCGCCAUGCCUCCUUUGCCGCUGGCUCUUCGCGCUCGUCUCAGGCUCAGCACCAGCACCAUCACCGCAGCCAGACCGCCAACGCGCCCUCGUCCACAGUCCUGCCCUCGUCCAGCAACGGCACAUCCGGUCGUCACGGCCGCUCACACCACCAUCACACCAAAAGUGCCUCGCCCUCUUCGAGACAGCAAAACGGCACCAGCAGCAGUAGCAAUAACAACUCCUCCAGCAGCGGCCACAAAUCCAAACGCUCGUCCUCGCAAAAGGGCCCGCUCGACACCAUCGACCGACUCGAUGUCACCGGUAUCUUCGGCACUGGCUUCCACCAUGACGGCCCCUUCGACGCCUGCAACCCGCACCGCAACCGCAUCGACAAAAAAGCGCCGAUGCUCGCCUUCCCCGCGGACUCGGAGAACAACUCGCUCGGCGCGCCGGCACACCUGCUCGCCCACCGCAAGGGUGUAUCGGCUGCGGCUGCGACCGCCGUCGACGGCAUCGUGGGCGACCCUGUCGGCAGCUUCGACGUCACUGCAAAAACUAAUCCUGUGCACGGCGAAGUCUCGCUCGGUCUGGGCUCGACCACGUUCUUUGAAGGAACGCCUGCCUCGCGCGCGGCCAUCAACAGCAGUAGUAGCAACAGCAAGAGCCACCACGACAACACCAUCGAUUUCUCAAAAGCAGGCGGCAACGGCGACCAACCCCCGUCCUCGGGUCUCACCCGCAAGCGGUCGAUCGUGCAGCGUCUGCGCAGCAACUCCGCCGGCCGGGAUCACUACGCGCGACCACCGCCCAUCAACACCGCGUACGCAAACACCUCCGCGGGUUCGCGACACCACUCCGCCGACGACUCGCGGCUGCCCUCGGCCAUUAUGGAGGAAGACGGGCACGACGGACUGAUGCCGCCUCCUGCACCGCGAAUGGUCAGACAGGUCUCAUCGCCUGCGUCGUCGACUUCUGCUACUUCUGCCGCCGCGGCCGCAAGCCGGUCGCCCACUGGAGACGCGCCCCCGCUCACGCUCUUGAAGAGAGUGCGGUCUUUGAAGGUCGGCUCCAGCCGACGAAAGGAGUAAAAGACUACUCUCCCUUUUUUAUUUUUUUUUACAUUUUCAUUUUUUCCCUCUAUUUAUAUAUAUUGUUCCCGGACGAUUGAAUCUUACCGGGUCUGUGUUUUGAUAACUAAGUAGAAGUGUUGAUGAUAAAUGAUGAUGACUACGAUUAUGAAGUUGCUGCGUGCAAGGCCAUACAGAAAAAAGAAACCCGGUAUAUAUAGUUGUUUUGCAUGCACGGAGCAAAGCGCAAGAAGCGCGCGACAAAGCAAUGCGUCUGGAGUGUACAAAGGAGAUUUGGUAUAUAGUUUUUUUUGUUACCUUUUAUAAAAAGCG